AUGCUAGGUUCAAGUCUUCAAUGAAACAACCUGUUUGGAUAAUGUGAUAUUUUAUAUUUUGCCAAUCUGCUGCUGCACAUGUUGUGUAUUUUGUGGAAUUGCUUUAGUGCGACUCUGGGGGAAAAUGUUGUAAUUUCCCGGGUCUUCUCAUUUAAUUUUUUCGGGAAAUGUGAAGGUUGGUCCCGGGACAGUCCCGGGAUCCUGGUUACCCGUGUUAAUCCCUGGAUUAUGGUGCCAUUUGGGAAGCAUGUUAAAUGUGACCUCUGCUUCUCCCCUCCCAGUCAUCCCUGGACCGACGGGAGCGAUAACGUCCUUCACCACCCGGGUCGAGCGAGAGAGGGAGAAGAGGGAGGGGUUGCUGAAGUCCGAGGAGGAAAGGAAGAAGAUGGAGGAUUUCAAUAAGCAGUGGAGAGCGCAGUCCCUGCUUACAAAACAGACUCAACAGACAAUUAAAGAGGAGAGGGAGAGGAUGAAGGAACAGUUCAUGAAAGAACAGGAGGAGAAAUGA